UCUAUUGUCGUUGCUGUGGGGUUGCGCGGCUUUCCGAGAUGGCGGCCAGUGCUGGAGGUUUAGUGGAGCGGGGCUUGUAGGGCCCGUUUUCCUCGGUGGCUUGCAGCGACGGGGCUGGGAGCCACGAUUCUUUUACCUUCUGGCGAGGAUUUAGCUGGUGUCCGGCUUCGCUUAAUGUGCCCGGCCUUGCCCUGCCGAAAAAAAAGGGGAGCGGAAGCUUGUUUCCUGGGUUUCUUGUUGUAGUCAAGUCUAGGUCAGUCAUUGGAACUGUGAAAGAAACACUUGAUCAAAAUGGGGCGAAGAUCUACCUCUUCCACCAAGAGUGGGAAGUUCAUGAAUCCCACAGACCAAGCUCGCAAGGAGGCUCGAAAGAGAGAGCUGAAGAAGAACAAGAAGCAACGCAUGAUGGUGCGAGCAGCAGUGCUAAAGAUGAAGGAUCCCAAGCAAAUAAUUCGGGACAUGGAAAAACUUGAUGAAAUGGAGUUUAACCCAGUACAGCAACCACAGUUGAAUGAGAAGGUGUUGAAAGACAAACGCAAAAAGCUGCGUGAAACAUUUGAGCGUAUCCUGCGGCUCUAUGAGAAGGAGAAUCCAGACAUCUAUAAGGAGCUACGCAAGCUAGAAGUGGAGUAUGAGCAAAAGAGGUCUCAGCUUAGCCAGUACUUUGAUGCUGUGAAGAAUGCUCAGCAUGUUGAAGUGGAGAGUAUCCCUCUGCCAGAUAUGCCCCAUGCCCCUUCCAAUAUCCUCAUUCAGGACAUCCCUCUGCCAGGAGCCCAGCCUCCAUCCAUUCUUAAAAAGACAUCAGCCUAUGGACCUCCUAUCCGACCUGUUUCAGUCCUCCCACCUCCUGGGCAUGGUGUUCCUCGUUUACCUCCCGGUAGAAAGCCUCCUGGGCCUCCACCAGGGCCACCCCCGCCUCAGGUCUUGCAAAUAUAUGGCCGCAAAUCAGGGUUCACCCUAGAGAUUGUCCCUCGGAGGAGAGAUGAGGAAGUGUCCUAUAGCCCAGAGACAGGGCCACGAGGGCAUGACGAAGAGGCUUCAAGUACCAGCGAAGAUGAGGGCUACCCAGAAGACAUGGAUCAGGACAAGCGUGAUGACACUACUGAUGAUAGCGAUAGCGACAGAAGUGAUGCAGACAGCGAUGGGGAGGAGUUCAUGCAUCAUGAUGACAGUGCUGAACGAGAGGGAGGUGAUGACAAGAAAGCAGGUCACAGUGUACGAUUUGCCGACAUUCCUGGAAAAUCACGAAAGAAAAAAAAGAACAUGAAGGAACUCACCCCUCUUCAAGCCAUGAUGUUACGAAUGGCUGGCCAGGAAAUUCCUGAGGGAGGUAAAGAGAUAGAAGAAUACUCUGAAGAAGAGGAUGAUGACGAUGAUGAUGACUCUGAUGCUGAAGAUACGUCACAGCAGCAGAGCACAGAAGAGUCCCAUGCAGAGAAUGCAUCAUCAGUGCCCCCUCAGACCACCCAGCCACAGCAGCAGCAGCAGCCUCCACCACAGCCUGUUCCCCCGACUCAGAUGCAGGCUCCUCCCAUGCCUGGGCCUCCUCCUCUUGGACCACCUCCCGCACCACCACUGAGGCCUCCAGGGCCACCAACUGGCCUUCCCCCUGGACCACCUCCAGGGGCUCCUCCAUUCCUGAGGCCACCUGGAUUGCCUGGGCUGCGUGGCCCAUUACCACGCCUCUUGCCGCCUGGCCCUCCCCCUGGGCGCCCCCCUGGCCCUCCUCCUGGUCCACCCCCAGGCCUGCCACCUGGCCCUCCUCCAAGGGGCCCCCCACCUCGUCUCCCACCGCCAGCUCCUCCAGGUAUCCCUCCUCCGCGUCCAGGCAUGUUGCGCCCUCCCCUGGGUCCUCCACCUGGAUUAUUCCCUCCAGCUCCUCUUCCAAACCCUGGGGUGCUGAGUGCUCCCCCCAGUUUGAUUCAGCGCCCCAAGGUGGAUGAUACCAGUGCAGCCACCAUUGAGAAGAAAGCCACCGCAACGAUCAGUGCCAAGCCCCAGAUCACCAACCCCAAGGCCGAGAUCACCCGCUUUGUUCCCACGGCCCUGAGGGUCCGUCGAGAAAACAAGGGGACGCCUGCCUCUGCCCAAAGGAAGCCCGACGACGAACCAUCUGUGCAGAUAACUAAGCCCAUGCCCAAGAUGGGCUCGUCUGCCCCUGUUUCUGUGCAAACCAAGGAUGAUGUGUAUGAAGCUUUCAUGAAGGAAAUGGAGGGGCUGCUGUGACAACCUGUUCCUAGUUAAUCUUUGCAUAUUCUAUGAUGAGAUCAUACUACUAUGUUAGGGGUUCCAUGUUAUAGUGGCAUCCAGUUGAAGAGCUCAUUGUUUUGUGACAAGGAAUAGUUCUCUAUCUCAGUUAACGUGUGAUCAGAGUUGGAGGAAGGGGAGACUAUAGAGAAAGAAAGAGAGACUGUCAUCUACUCUUUGUGAAAGUUUAUUAAGACUCACUUGUGUCUCUCUGCUCCCUGGAAAAGCUGUUGUUUCCUUGAAUACUAUUUUUAGUUAAUGCAAAGAAUACACCCGAAGAACCAAAACGUACUGGUAAACUAUUUCCUGCAUAUAGGCCUGAUCAUCAGGUUGUUGUAUUCUGUUUUGGUGGCUUUCUGUAAAUAUUUUGUAAUGCUGAUUUUUAGUUGAGUGAGAUAAUUGGUUUACACACUGUCCUAGAGCUGGGUAGGCUACUGUUUGCAUAUGUGGCAUGCAGACAUUUUGCACCCGAAAUAUAUAUCCUGCAGUCACUUCGGUGGUUUUUUGCUGACAGGAGAAAUAUUGUCUUAUGAAUGAGAAUAAAAAUUUGAUGUACUACAACCCUCUGUAUGACUGAGUAUCUAUACCAGUAUUUUGAGGAGAGAUAACUAGAGGAACUGACAACCAAUUUAUUUUAUUUUGGUAAAAUAUCUCUAAUGUGAAAAUAAUCUAUAAAGGACAUCAUUAUUUUGAUUCCAUCAGGGAAAUAAGUAUAGGUUUGUAUCUGAUCGUGUCUUUUUAAAUUCAGAUUCUGCAUGUGAAAUAAAUAGAUUCUGUUCAUAUCUUCAGAGACUUGCAAUAUGUGAGGGAAAGAGAAUACUGGAUUUGUGGAAAUAUCAUUUUAUACAGCUUAGGUUGGUAUCGGCUCUAAUUUACAUGGGCUGCCUGUCAGAUGGAGUGGAAAGAACAACUCAUGCAGGGACACUUUGUUUACUUAGAAAAACAUGAUUUAAAUCACAUUUUAUUGUUGCUGCGGAGAACUGUAACUCAAAUAGAAGUCAAAGAGAGAAUCGGUUGAAACUGUACAGAUUCACCUGCUUGUAGUUUCUCAAGUUGCUCCUGACACAAAAAAAUUGCUUUGAAUUCUUUUCACCACCACCUUUCCAUAUGUGAUAACAGCCUACAAAACAUUUAAGCUUUCCCUGUGAUGACCAAUGUAUUUUUAAAAACUUAUGUUGCAAGAAAUGCCAAUUCUGUUUAUGCACAUCGUAUCACAAACAUUGAAUGAAUGUUCAUACCAUCAAAGAAGUUUAGCAUCUGCUUCUGACAGCAUUCUUGGGUGGAUAUAGCACAAGCAUGGGCAAACUUCAUCCCUCCAGAUGUUUUGGACUUCAACUCUCACAAUUCCUAACAGCCACAGAAAUUGUGAAUGUUGUAGUCCAAAACACCUGGAGGGCUGAAGUUUGCCCAUGCCUGAUAAUAGCAUCAUAUCACCUGCUAAGGUGAGUGGAAAAGAAACAGAUGACCAUAGGAAGAGGUCUAUAGAAGGAUGUUUGUAGCAAAUUGUCUUCAUAGGAUUAAAAUGUUACAUUCACAAUUCUUUGUCUAUGCUCACAUGCGGAAAAUGUCUCCUGGAAGCUAAAAGACUUUCAGUUAACUGGAACUCUUCAAGUAUUCCAUCAAAAAUGCUUUAAAUAAAAAUUGAAAUAAAUAUUUAUAGUAAAAUGGUUACAUUAAA